GAAGACGCAGCAGCAGCAGCAGCAAAAAGCAGAAGCGAGGCGGAGCUGGCGCCGUAGAUCUCCGGAGGCUGCGAGAAUGAUGGCUUCUUCCCGGUGGCUCGUCGCGUGCGGCGUCCUCGCGGCCGUCGUAGCGCUAGCGAUGGGGCAGGGGAUGGUCGGGAGCCCCAUGGAGGCCGACGUCAACGAGGAAGGGGUGCAGCGGGCCCUCCGGUUCGCCAUGGACCAGUACAACAAAGGCAGCAACGACAUGUACACCAGCCGCCCGUCCGAGGUCGUCAGGGUCCGCAAACAAAUUGUCGCUGGAAUCAAGUAUUUAAUGGAAGUUAAAGUUAGGCGAACAACUUGCACCAAGUCAAUGAUUGACAUUGAGAACUGUGCCUUCAAUGAAGCACCAGAACUUACCCAGGCGAUGAUUUGCAACUUUGAUGUUUACCAUGUUCCUUGGAAAAACAAAAUCUCCCUGACCCGUCAGGAGUGCCACUAAGCAUACAUUGGCUUUGGCACAGGACAGCAAGUGGCUGUUCUGACAGUGUUUCCCCUAUUCCAGAAGAGCAAUAAUCCAGAUGUCUCCUCAAGGAAGAGUUUCUGCAGCUAACUAAAAAAAUGCUUAUACAUACUUGUUUGAAGCAAGUAAAUUCAUAUAGUCUUCCUUUUAAAGUACUUGCUGAAAUUUGUUCUUUCUCAUUUAUAAUUUCAUUUGUAGCCAUCGUUUUCAUGCUAGACUAGUAGAAGGAAAGAUGGAAAUUUUCCUUGUCAAGGAGUUUGGUUUUGCAAUGAUUUGUGUCCUAUUCAUUGCUAAGAAUAAAGUAUUCAGCCUUCA